AUGAAUUUGGAUGACGCGCGCCAAGUAUCUUAUCUAGGCCAAUCACCUCCACCCCAACCAGCUCCACUCCAACUAGUUCCACCACAACGUCAACCAGAUCCACGAUGGAUAAAGCUUAACAAUAUUUAUAUUUUAUUUACAAUUGCACAAACCGUAUUAGCAAUAAUUAUAUUUUCCUUAGAAGUUAGUAGUCUUUCAAUAUCAACAGACUCAUUUUACAAACCAACUGCAUGUGGAAUUUGGUGUUCAGUUAUAUUCGCCACAAGUAUUUUAUUAACAAUAUCUUAUCAUGAUGAACCUCGUGUUGCGGCAAUAUCACAAGGUGUAUUGAUAUGCUUUUCGAUUAUCAUGAUUGGUAUUGAUGGUAAUUUUGUACAGAAUGGUGGUUAUUAUAGUAAUUAUUUAUCUAGUCUUAACUCAACAGCUAUUUAUUCAUUUACUAAAUAUCGUAUAAUUCAAGCACAAUUAGGGUUUGCAAUUAUCAUGAUGGUUACAGGACCCAUUGGGAUUACAUUGAGUUUAGCUAAGUGGCAAGUCAGCUCAUUGUCUGUGCAAAUCGUACAAAUUAUGUUAACAAUAAUUAUAUUUUCCUUAGAAAUUAGUAGUCUUUCAAUAUCAAUAGAAUCAUUUUAUAAACCAACUGCAUGUGGAAUUUGGUGUUCAAUUAUGUUUGUCAUAAACAUUAUACUAUCAAUAUAUUUCAGUAAGUUUAUGCUUUAA